UUUGAGCUUCAUCACGAAUUUUCAUGAGAGAUUGAUUUGACUUUUCCAAUGGAUUUGAAUCUGCGGAAGGGCGAUAAGGUUUGGGUUGAGGAUAAGGAUUUGGCUUGGAUUCCCGGUGAUGUGCUCGAUUCUUCUUCCGGUAACAAGCUCCAUGUCGAGACUUCUACGGGGAAGAAGGUUUCCGUCGCCCCGGAGAAGCUCUUUCGGAGAGAUCCUGACGAGGAGGAGCAUAAUGGAGUGGAUGAUAUGACCAAGCUGACUUACUUGCACGAGCCUGGUGUGCUUUACAAUCUUAAGAGGAGAUACGUUCUCAAUGAUAUCUACACAUACACUGGAAGCAUUCUGAUCGCUGUUAAUCCAUUUAAGAAGCUUCCACAUCUCUACGAUGCGUACAUGAUGGAACAGUACAAGGGAGCACCAUUCGGUGAGCUCAGUCCUCAUGUUUUUGCAGUUUCUGAAGUUGCAUACAGAGCAAUGAUGGACGACAGUCGAAGUCAGUCUAAACUCGUCAGCGGUGAAAGUGGAGCUGGCAAAACUGAGACAACGAAACUAAUCAUGCAGUAUCUUACAUUUGUUGGGGGACGUGCAGCUGUAGAUGAUAGAAGUGUUGAGCAGCAAGUCCUUGAAUCAAAUCCACUUUUGGAAGCAUUUGGCAACGCGAAAACAGUUAGAAACGAUAAUUCUAGCCGUUUUGGCAAGUUUGUCGAAAUUCAAUUUGACGCAAAUGGUAGAAUAUCUGGUGCUGCAAUCAGAACCUACCUUCUGGACUCUGGAGAGAUCACGUGUAGUCCGGAUAACAGACCCUGA